UUGUAAACAUGGAGCCUCUUCUACUCAGUCGGGAAUGUACGAUUCUAGUCAUGGAGACGAUUAAGUGAUAUAAUCAACAUUACAUCCUGACAUCCUGUUGUCAAGAUAGCAUUUUAAAAAGAAACGUGUGAUAGAUGUAGCUUGCACCAAGUUGUUUUUCCCUGGAUGACAUACGUUAUCAUUAAAUACAUUAUCGAGUCCAAGAGUUCGAAACCGAAAGUACGUUUUCUAGGGAGCACCUGGCGGUGAGACAGAAACCGGUGGUCAAAAACAGUCGAUUCACUGAACAAACUUUAUUGUGACAAUGGCUACAUCCCAGCUAUUGUUAGAGUGUUUAAUAGCCGAUGGGUUUCCCAAGAAUCAGAAUACCAGCGAUGUGGCCAACUAUUUUAGGGCUACAACGGGAGUCCCAGCUGUAAGGUUGGCUCUUUUGCCUUCAGGACGGUGGGUUUUUCAAGUUUGUUCCCACUCUGAUAGAAAGAAAUGCCUAUAUAAAAGGACAUCAUGUUUGAAGUUUGAGGGCCAGAACUAUCUUAUAACACUUAAUCCACCACAAGUAGAGGAUAUCCCAGACAAGUGGUGGAGCGCUCCAGAACCUGAGGUGCCAGACUCUGGAAACCUGAAAUCUGUCUCAUCAGAUGAACUCUUUGAAAGUAGAAAUCCAAAUAAACAAUUUGUUCAAGUGGAAACUUCUGAAGCUACUGAUGGCUCUGUGAUGGAGCCUUACUCUACAUCUGGAGUGCAGUCCCAGAUGUUUCCAGAGUUAAAUCCAGAGUUAAGCGAAUCUCUGCAACAAGUCCACCCUGGGAAAACUUAUCAGUAUGGGAUGUAUCCAGAUUUAACACACCUCCAGCCUCAGCAUGUAUCCUACAUGUUGCAAAUGACUUCAACUUCAGGAGACAUCAGGAAGAGUGCAGGUGAAGAUGGAUAUGACUUCAGACAUGCAGGAGAAUUACCUGAACAUGAGGAAGGUGACCAAAAAGUAGCAUUUGCUGAUGCCAGCUUCCAAGGGCAAGACUUAAUCUCUUUUGACAACAAUCUUCACUCAGACUUUGAUGUGCUGAGCUUACCAUUAGAUUCUCUAAGCUCUGAACCACGUCGACAGUAUUUCCUGCGAGUAACAGAACUACCAAUUACAGCAAAUGAGCUGGACUUGCGAACAUAUUUUGAAGAUAGAAAAAAUGGCGGAGGUCCUGUUCUCAAAAUUGACCUCAGGGGUGGUGCAGGAGAAGCAGACAUCUAUUUUGAUGAUGAGAAUAUAAUCCAGCGUGUGAUGAAUAAAGCGCCACACCUGCUGAUGAACAAGAAAAUAAAGGUAGAGUUGGUAUCAGAGAGCAAGGAACAUGACAAGGCUCAAGAGUGUUGCAUUGUUGAGGUCCGAAGUGUUCCAGAUGAAGUGAUGAAAGAAAUGUGUCUCUUGUACUUUGAAAACCCUUCAAAAGGGGGUGGAGACAUAGAAGACUCAAACUGGAAUGAAGAGGAAAAAGUUUUGUACAUCACUUUUGUGGAUGCAGCAGUUGCCAAGCAGGUGACCACAAGGGGACACACAGUUGGCGGGAAGGUGCUCGAAGUCACACUUUACACCCCACCACCUGUUGUGGAGGACAAGGGGCAGUGCACUUUAGAAGUGAGGGGAUUUGAUCCCCAGAAACUUGAGCUAUACCAGCUGUACUUUGAGAAUCCCAGAAAAGUUGCUGGCACAGUAACCAACUUUCAAGUUAGUGAGGACAAUGAUGUGAUUUAUAUCACCUUCCAAACACCAGAAGAAGCUGAACAGGUUGCUAAGGGAACACACAAAGUAGGAGGUAAAGAACUUCAAGUGAGCCUUGCUCCCAAAGAAGAUCCCUUGACUUCUCAACCUUGCACAAUCAAGAUCACAAAAGGUGAUCUUCAGCAGCUUGAACUAUACUCUCUGUAUUUUGAAAACCCAAAGAAGAGUGGCGGUGGUAUCAUCAAAGAGACACGAGUGGAUGAAAAGGAUCAUGCAGUCUACAUCACAUUUGAGGAUCCAGAAACUGCUAGCAUGGUUUGCAACAGAACACAUCAUGUUGGUAACCGUGAUCUUGAAGUCACUCUGUAUGUUCCUGAAAAAACAAUGAGACCGAAGUCAGUAGAAGAAAAGACUGUCAAAAAGCAGGAAUGUCAAGAAGAACCUCUGAGAACAGUUGAAGUUAAUGUUGGUGACAACAUACAAAGUGAAGACACCUACAUAUUUUACUUUGAGGCAAAGAGGCAUGGAGGAGGUGAUGUGGAAAAAGUGGAGAUCGAUCGAGAGAAAGGACUUGUCUGUGUCACCUUUGUGAAGCCAGAAGUGGCAGAACGCGUGGCAAGUCAACAACAUAAAAUUGCUGGUCAACCUGUGGAAGUGACCCUGUAUGUACCCCCAAUACCCAAACCUCCAUACCCAGACAAGCUGCUGUUCCACAAUGUGGCAGAGAGCACAACACGUGACUGUCUGGCCAUGUACCUGGAGCGGAUAACUGGACAGGAACCAACUGACCUGAUUUAUGCUGAUGAGGUUGGAAAUGUCCUUGCUGUAUUUGAUGAAGACCCAGACUUCUCAAAGGUGCAAGAAAUGUGUCGACAAAAAAAACUGGAAGGGAGACAGAUCUCAGUGUCAAAGGUUCCCAUCUCAAACUGCGUGCUUGUGGAGAACUUAAACAAAAAUACAACAGAGGACACCCUUUUAUUUUACUUUGAGGGCAAGCGAAGUGGUGGUGGUCCCGUGGAGAAAGUGACCAUUGACCAUGAAAAUGGCAGGUGUCUGGUUUUCUUUGAGAACUAUGAAGUGAUUGAGAGUAUCCUAGCUAAGUCCCACACACUGGAUGGAAGUAAGCUCACAGUUAAGCGUUACAUGGAGUGUCUUGGACCAUCUGGGGGCAGUAGGGAUGCCACUACCUUUACGCUGCCCAAACCUGUGGAAUUUAAAGAUGUGGAUAAAUACAAAGUAGCAUUCAUUCGGCAGUCAGCUACAUUACAAGCAGGACUGACCCUGAAGCUGAAAGAUUUGCAUGCUAACCCAAAGUUUUCAGACAACAUGUUGUCUGCAGAAUGUACCUUGACAACAUCAGUUCAGCAUGCACGUGUGCUGGCUCGUACCUGGACCAAUGAUGUUCAACAGGCUGUUGAAUCCAUGUACAGCAUGAUUGUCGUUCUUCGUCAAGAGGUGAUGCAGGAGAUUUGGGAUGAGACAGAAAAAUCUGUAACUACCAUCAAGCCAGCCAGCCGGGAUUCAGCAGUCAUAUUUACAUUGUCUGAAGAAAAGGCAUUUAUUGUAGUGGGCAUGAAGAGCAUGGCUGAUGAUCUUAUGAAGCAAGUGAAACACAUUGUCACCCAGAAGGAAGAAGAAGCUGAGCGUAAAAAGCAGGAAAUCACAGAGACCAACAAAAAUCUUAAACUCUUCCAGCUUCGUCUUUUGGCAGCCUUUUCUUUCCCGAGUGAAGCAGCCAAACGACAUCCAGGACUUAAGGUAGAUAUUCGCACAGCAAAAGGGGAGAUCAGCUACCAUGGCUUGCUCAGAGAUGUGAAAGAGGCUCAGGUUGAGAUGUAUGAGCUCCUGCAGUCAGUCAAGUCUGAUAAACUCACCAACAUGAGCAACCUGCAGAAAAGUCUUUUGGGCACCAAAGAAACACGGGAUUAUGUUAUUCACAAGUUUAAGACUGAGAAAAUUGUGGCAGUUUGGGAUGUGGACAGUCAGGGAGAGGUAGCUGUCUACUGUUUCUCUGACAAGUACCUUGUGAAUGCUAUUCACAUCAUGCAGAAGUCUGUUGUACAACACCAGCGCCCUCUUGAACCUGAGACAGCUGAUCUACUGAUGUCAUCUGAAUGGAACCAGUUUGUGGGUAAAAUAACUGGUGACCAUACUGGUGUCUUGAAAAUUGUUCCCAUGCAUAAUGGCCAUCAGCUGUUUAUAGCUGGCACAGACAACAUAAUGCAUGCAGUAAUAGAGGAGACAGAGCGAUUCCUAAAAGAGAACACCAUCUACAUGCUGAGCUGCCACUUUUUUCCAAGUCUCCAGUUUUUUGUUGUCAAUUAUUGGCGGGCCAGGGUAAUCGGUCUAAGCAACAAUUUACGAGCUUACAAAGUGGAAUUGACUGUAGAUGAAUCUGGGCAGGAGUUUCAGAUCCGUGGAACUCAAAUGGGAUUAGAUUUAAUGACAAAAAAUCUGGAACAAGUAGGUUCAGAGGUCAAGUGUCACAGAGAAACUCUGACAGAACAAGCCAAGGUUAAAUUUCUGUCAUCUCCAGACUGUGAGAAGGAGUUGGAGAAACUUGGCCGCAGCGUUCAGUGUGUCUUUUCUUUGAGAGAGGAACCUUCCACUUUGACGAUAAAGGUGUCCAGAAGUACUCCCAGGAUUGGCGAUGAAGCUCCCUCAGAAGAAAAAUCAGCAAUCACUGUGCAGCUGCCAGGUGGUGUUACUAUAAUGGCUGUACAUGGAGACAUAACUAAGUUGCCUGUGGAAGUUAUUGUUAAUGCAGCUAACAGUCGUCUGGACCAUAUUGGAGGCUUGGCAAAGGAUAUAGCUAACAAAGGUGGCAAGGAUAUACAAGAUGAAUGCAAUCGUUAUAUGAGAGCACGUGGAACAGACCUCCGAGAGGGAGAUACCUUCAGGUCUGGACCAGGAACGCUGUCAUGUAAAGCGAUUAUACACGCUGUGGGGCCCAUGUACAGAGGUGGCAAAAGUGGAGAGGAGGAAUGUCUCCACGAUCUGGUGGUCAAAUGCUUGGAGGGUGCAAACGCUACUGGCUUCAGCUCCAUUGCAAUCCCUGCUCUGAGUGCAGGAAUUUUUGGUUAUCCAGCAGAUGAAGCUACACGUGUCAUCACAGAGGGUGUCAGGACCUACUUGAAUGGACACAUGCGAAACAAUAAUUUGCAGCAAGUGUACCUGUGCGGCUUUACUGCAGACAUUGUUGACCACUUUGUGAGAGCCAUAAAGAAGCAUUUUCCGUCAUCUGCUACAAUCAAGCAAAAGCCAACGCCUUUUCCAAAGUCUAGAAACGCUCACCAGCCUAGGCCGGUGCAGAAUGCAGGAUUACAGUCAGCUGGCCAGAGAGUCAUAAGGAUAUCUGUUGUCGAAGGAGAAAUAGCCCAGCAGAAUACUGAUGUCAUUGUGAAUUCAACAUCUAAUGGCCUUGACUUGAAAAAUGGUGCUGUGUCAAGCUCCAUCUUGAGGGCUGCAGGCCAUGGUUUGCAGGAUGAAUGUAAACAAAAAUACCCAAAAGGUAUUGAAACUACAGAGAUAGCCUUUACCACAAGCCACAAUCUGAACUGUAAAGGGGUGCUGCAUCUGGCAUUGUGUAACUACAACAACUCCAACGCUGAACAGAUCCUGGGUCAGAUGGUAAUAAAGUGUCUGAAGGAGGUCACCAAGCAUAAUUACACAUCUAUUGCUUUUCCACCCUUGGGUUCUGGAAACCUUGGGUACCCUCUGGAUGUAGUUGCUGACACCAUGAUUGGAGCUAUAGAACAGUUUGAGAAGGAGACCCAUGGUUUCUCUGUAAGGGAAGUCAAAAUUAUUGUCUACAACAGCCCAGAUACUGUAAAGGCUUUCGCAUCCAGGGUUGGCACAUUUCAAGCAGGUGGUCGACAACAAAGUUCUCCCAAGGGACCCACUGGGCGUAGAGAGAAUCGUAAAUUUUCUGACACACCUUUUUCACAGCAAUCUGCCUCCUCAGCCUCUCAUCUACCAAAUGUAAAUGCAGAGUUUGACUUAGGAGACCUGCGUCUCAUAGUCAAGCAAGGCGACAUAACUGAAGAAAACGUAGAUGCCAUUAUCAACAGCACUAAUGAUUCACUAGAUCUCAGCAGAGGAGCUGUUUCCAGUGCACUGAGGCAAAAGUGUGGACCUGAGUUAGAAGCUGCAUGUAGGAAGGAAGUUGCAGAAAUGAAGAGGACUGGAAUAGUGUACACAAAAGUUAGACGUCAGCCUUUCAAAGCUGUCCUGCAUAUCGAUGCUAAUAGAUUUUCAAAUGACUGGAAAACUGGCAUACAGAACUUGCUGAAAACUGCAGACGGUCUUGGUAUGACCUCAAUUUCCACGCCUGCUCUAGGAACAGGUGCAGGUGGUUUAACACCAUCAAAAUCAGCUCGCGAUCUGAUGAAAGCACUCUGUGACUUUUGCAGUAGGAAACCACAAAAUUUGAAUGAAGUACGAAUAGUAAUGUUUGAGAAAUCAAUGAUACCUCAAACUAUUCAGGUUAUACAGGAUGUUGGUGAAAAACUGAGCAAGUCCAAAGAAGGGGUUCUUGGAUUUUUCAAAGCUCUCGCUGGAUUUGGUGGCCCCAGUCUCACACAGACCUACAACAGCCCUGUGGUGGAGGAGGCAAAGCUCUUUGUGUAUGGCGAAUCUGCUGAAAGCAUACGACAGGCUAUCAGACAUUUUGGUGAUCUUGUAAAGGAUAAGUUUACACGCAAGGAGAUUGUGGAUGAAAUAAUACCGAAUAUGAAUGAAGAUGAGCUGCAAAAGAUCAAGACUGCAGGGCAGUCACACAAUGUGGAAGUGAAGAUUCAACCCUUUGCAGGACGCAUCGUCAUUGAUGGGAUGCAUGCUGAUGUGUUUGAUGCAGCUAGUGAAAUCAACAAGCUCAUUCGUGAGGCUGAUCGCUACAGACAGCAGGCUCAACAAGCAUCCAUGCUGGCCAACAUGGUUCAGUGGUGUUAUCUGGAGGUGACACCGACAGGAACUGAGCAGAAAGAAUACAAAGAGCAUGAAAAUCAGAUAAUAGAGAUGGCAUACCAACAAAAGAAGAAGAUAGCAACAAUCAAAGAUUCAAGUGACGUAGAGUACAUCAUUGAUUUUGAUUCCAUGAAAGAGUAUCCAAAACAAGAUCCAAAUGACUCAGUUGCUGUGAUUAGGAAAGACAAGAUGAAAGAGUCUUCCUCAGGUGUCUUACCAGAGAACUGGACAAUACAGCCAGACAAAGAGAACCUGAAGCUGGUGAAGCUCAGUCCUCAAAAUUCUGAAUACCAGGAUGUGGAGAAUAAUUUUAGAUCAACACUGGGCGGGGCUGCAGUAACUGUUUUAUCUAUUGAGCGGAUUGAAAAUCCCACACAAUAUCGACAGUACAUGGCCAAAAAGGCUCACCUGGAGAAGCAGAACACAGGAAUCCAGAAUGAAAAAAUGCUGUGGCACGGCACAGCCUCUGAUGCUCUCUCUAACAUCAACCACUAUGGCUUUAAUCGCAGCUACUGCGGGAAGAAUGCCACAGUCUAUGGUCAAGGUGUCUACUUUGCAGUCAACUCUCAAUAUUCUGCACAUCCUACUUAUUCUCCACCUGACCCCAGUACAGGUCAGCGCUACAUGUACCAGUGCAAAGUUCUUGUGGGUCACCCAGUAGCAGGAAACAAUGCCAUGAGGUUUCUGCCAGCAAGAUCAGGACCUAUUCAGUAUGACUCAUCAACUGACAAUCUACGAAACCCUACUCUUUAUGCCAUUUUCAAUGACACUCAGGCCUACCCUGAAUAUCUGAUUACUUUCAGAUAAGUGUCUUUUAAAGGAAGAGGGAUGAUACCAUACGCUUGUUGAAUAAUAAUGCUUUGAGUUAGAACAUGAUGUGGGUUUCUCAAAAGUCAUGUAUAUUCAGGACGUGGUGCAAUGACCCUCUAAUUUUCAUAGAUGUGAACAGACUUGCUGUAUGAUUAGGAUCAGUUAAUUAUAAUUAAGAUGUGAUUUGCGUUUUUAAUAUUUAUCCUUGACUUGAAAUGUUUAUUAGGCUUGAGUAAGCCUAUUUCGCCAGUACUGAUUUUGUCCUGCCAGAAUCAAAUGCAUAUCAUUGCAUUAACUUUUACCAAGAAUAAGAUUUUAGUCAAAUUAUCCAUUCUACCCUUUCUGAACAUGCAAAGAAAGAAAACCUGCUGUUAAUUAUUGAUAACUUGUGAUGUCAAUAACCAUUUUGUCAUCUUUGAAUAAUCUUUUGUGGACAUUGUCCAGUCUGGAUAGGAAAUAAGUAAAUUUAACCUACCAGUAAAAAACCCAGACCUGUAACAGCGUAGUCUUCUAGACAUUCUACAGAUACCAUGGUUACUUGCUCCUCCCCUUGAGUCACCCUAUGACUAAGAGUGAAAUGCUUAUUCUCAUGUAAAACAAGAGAAAAUGUAACUGGAAAUGGUCUCUCAGUAGUGCAGACUAUUUGUUAUUCAGAUUUUUGCUUGUUUUGUCAUAAGUAAUUUUUCUUGCAAUUGCUGCUGUACUAUCAGUUUUGGUAAUCCAAAAAUUAAUCAACUCAUUUUAAUCAACCUCGCAUUCCAAGCAAAUGUUCCAGUCUUCCGAUUUUGUGUGUGUAUAUAUACACACAUAUACUAUAUACAUUAUGAUUACAAUACACAUUUGUUAUAUAAUCAUAAUUUUUUAAAAUUUAAUGAUUUUAAGUUUUCCUAUUUCUGUUACAUGAAACAAUUUAUGAUAAUCAGUACUUCAGUAGUUUUUUUGUUUUUGGUUGCACUCAAUUUUAUUUGUAUUUAAUGGGUGGUGCAUAUGCCCCCUUAAGAUUAAUCAAGUGUAAUCCAGCUUAUUCAACUCUUGGACAUUCUGCUUCUCCAUAUCCCUUAUAAAAUGUUUUUACUUCUAAGGUUGUCGUGUCCUCGCCACUUUCACAAAGAACCAAACCAAGAUGCAGGAACCAAAAUUUUAGUAACGCACUUCUUUUCCUUCACAUUUUUGAACAAAACAGAAUUCACUUAUCCUCUUCACUGAUAUCUUCUAUUGAACUAAAUUAUCUCGAAUACCAUCCCAUUUUUGUACCGUUGACAAGAUGAUAACCAAACUGGAGACUCCUGUGCAGUUCAAUCAUUUAUUUAGCCAGAGGACAUUAAAAAAAUUUAAUCUACCAUUGUGAUGACUGAUCUCCAAAUACAAUCUUGGUUAAGAGCAUUGCUUUACAUGUAUGUUUGCUGAAAUAAACAUAAUACAAACUUAA